CUGGAAAUUGUAGGCGUUCGCUAGGAAGUCUUUAGUGUUUCCAGAUUUCUUGCAACCGCAUCACGGAACUCGAAAUGAGCGCUUCCGCGGAGCAGGAGACGGCUCCAAUUGCGAAUUCCCGGAACGGCCGAACGGGCAGUGUUUUCCGGAGUUUCGGAUCCCUAUUCGGCGGCAGUCAGACCAGCGGAGAGCGUCCGCAGGAUGGCGAUGGAUAUGUGGAGUUUGGAAUGCAGGAUCCGGAUCGGAAUGGCCGUACGCUGGGCACCUUUGCCGGUGUUUUCAGUCCGGUGGCCCUAUCUAUGUUUAGUGCUUUAGUUUUCAUUCGAGUUGGUUAUAUCGUCGGAAAUGCGGGUUUGUAUGUAACACUACUGCAAUUCCUCAUCGCCUACGGAAUUUUACUUUUCACCGUGGCAUCGGUUUGUGCAAUUUCCACCAAUGGAGCAAUCGAAGGAGGAGGUGUUUACUUUAUGAUAAGCCGAACGCUGGGCUUAGAAUUUGGCGGUUCGAUUGGAACGCUCUUCUUCUUUGCCAACGUCGUUGGAUCUGCGAUGGCCAUUUCCGGUUGCACUGAAGGAAUCAUGGAUAACUUCGGACCGGGUGGCCAUUUCGUGAGCGCAGAUGCAUCGCUGCCGGAUGGAAAAUGGUGGCGCUUCCUCACCAGCAGCCUGAUAAACACCCUGCAGCUGCUGGUUUGCCUCGUGGGAGCCGCUCUAUUCGCCAAGACGUCAGUGCUUAUUUUGGGCACCGUGACCGUUUGCCUGUUGGCCACGUACAUUAGUUUCCUGGCUAUGGGCGCCACAACGAUACCUGUGCCCGUGGAAAAUAGUUUAUCUAAAAACAUAUCCUUUCUCAACUAUACCGGUCUCAGUGCCAACACGUUGCGAGAAAAUCUCGGUUCGCACUAUGGCCAGGAUUACACUUCGAAUGGAAAACAAGUCGACUUCUCCACCACCUUUGGUGUGCUCUUCUCGGGAGUUACGGGAAUUAUGGCUGGAGCGAAUAUGUCCGGGGAGCUGAAGAACCCUUCGAAGAGCAUUCCCUGGGGCACACUGUCCGCCGUGGCAUUUACCUUCGUUUCCUACAUCAUCCUCUCCUUCCUGAUGAGCUGCACAACUCCGUACUUCACCAUGCAGAAUAACUAUCUGUUCCUGAUGCCUGUGAAUUUGUGGCCGCCAUUUACGGCAAUUGGAAUUUUGACUGCUACCUUUUCGACCAGUUUGAGCAAUCUGAUUGGUUCCAGCAGAAUUUUGGAGGCCUUGUCUAAGGACCAAGUGUUUGGCAGCCUGCUGAACUUUGUGAUUCACGGAACCUGGAAGGGCAAUCCCAUUGCAGCGGUUGCGGUGAGCUGGUGCCUCGUGGAGUGCAUCCUGCUGAUUGGAUCCUUCAACAUUAUUGCUCAGAUAAACUCUGUGCUCUUUAUGCUCUCCUAUUUGGCCACCAAUUUGGCUUGUUUGGGCAUUGAGCUUACGGGAGCUCCAAACUUUAGACCGCUCUUCAAGUACUUCACUUGGCACACUUGUCUUGUUGGACUGCUGGGCACUCUGAUCAUGAUGUUCGUCAUUAAUCCUAUCUACGCAUCGUCCUGCAUCAUUUUGUGCCUCAUCCUGGUGAUUGCUUUGCAUCUCUUCUCGCCAGCCACUCAGGCAGCUCAAUGGGGCUCGAUAUCCCAGGCUUUAAUGUUCCACCAGGUGCGAAAAUAUCUGUUGAUGUUAGAUCCCCGCAAAGAUCACGUUAAGUUCUGGCGUCCGCAAAUUCUGCUGCUGGUAUCAUCGCCACGUUCCUGCUGUCCUUUGGUGGAUUUUGUCAACGACUUGAAGAAGAGUGGUCUCUACAUCAUUGGUCAUGUGAAAGUGGGUGACUUUAAGGGCGUGGAAGAUGCCGAGGAGAACCAGCAGUGGUGGUCGUUCCUCGAUCACAUGAGAGUCAAGGCCUUCACAGAGGUUACCUUGAGCAGGAGCAUCCGCGAGGGAGUCCAGCACUUGAUUCGCCUGUCGGGAAUUGGAGCCAUGAAGCCAAACACAAUUAUUUUGGGUUUUUACGACAACGAAGCUCCAAGGGACUUCUUUCAAAACGGUUCCUCCCCCUAUAAAACCGAUGAUUUUAACACUGGCGAAAUCCAAAACUUUCCCAUUCGACGUGAUGGGGAUCCCAAACAAUUUCAAGUUCAAGAAUAUGUGCAAAUUCUUUGCGACACUCUUAGGAUGAAGAAAAAUCUCUGUCUGUGCAGGAAUUUUCAAAGAUUGGAUAAAAACUUUAUAUCUAUAAGCAAGCAUGUAAAGUACAUUGAUGUGUGGCCCAUUAAUAUAUUUAAUCCCACAUCUGCGGAUCCCUUCGAUAUGGUUUCCUUAUUUAUGAUGCAAUUGGCGGUGAUAAUGCUGGCCAAAUGGAAGCACCUGCGAGUAAGAAUUUUCCUGUGCGAGGCCGGCGAAGAGCGCACAGUUGGCACCUUUGACACUCAGGUUCCGCAAAUGGAGAUAUUCUCGAAGACAAAGUUGGAGCAGUCCCUCAAGGAACUGCGCAUCACAGCCGACAUUGUGGAGAUCGAGGAAUGGGGCAGGGAUACAGAUUUCAGCCGACAUGCCCGCACUCUGAAGCAAUUCACAGCUCAGGCAGACAAUGUGCUGUUGGAGGAUGAUGACGAAGUGGGUGAGGAGACGCUGAAUCGUUCGCUGCUCUACAUGCAGCGGGCCAAUCAAAUCAUACGCGAACGUUCGGAUCAGACGGCAUUAUCGUUCAUCUAUUUGUCCGCUCCGCCGAAGCUCUCCACGCAGGAUUUCGCGCAACGGAGCGCCAGCUAUAUGGAACUGCUUACUGAACUGACCGCUGAGUUACCGCCCACAAUUCUCGUUCAUGGUGUCAGCACGGUGACCUCCACAACGCUCUAGACAUCGAAAGGGAGAUAUUUGCAUUUCCAUUUUCAUGAGUGAUAAAAUUCAGAGAGCAACCGGAUUAAACCAAUGGCGAGGGUUUUUUUUUUAGAUCGUUGUGUGCGUUUCUGUGUGCUUUAGGCAUAAUCAUGAAAUAUUAACCAUUAGGGUGAGACGAUUUGCUAAAAGAAACUAUGAGAUUAAGAAGUAUUGUUUUCAUAAUUUAAAAAUAUAUUUAUAAUGCUUUUGCUUUUAUAAUUGGUUCUUUUAGCUCUCUAAAACUGUCUAGAUGAUUAUUUUAAAUUGUGCACAUCGUCUCACCCUAACUAAUAUUUAGUGUUUUAUUUUUAUGUUGUAGCUAAUCUAAUAUUUAUUCGCACAGACCCGCAGGACAGUUAAUAUCGUAAUCAAAGCCUAGUAUCAUAUCAGAAAAAUUAUGCAGAAAUUUUAAACACAUGCGGACCAUUUUCCAGCUGAUGAAAAAUAAUAAACAUAAACAUAUUUUAGACUCAUCCCCAACCGAACUCACACCGAUAUUAACCUAUUUGUGAUUAAACAUAUAUCUACUACUACUUUACGAAUAAACAUACCGAACGGCAACAAGUAUUAGAUAACCGCAGUAGUUUGCGGUUGUAAAAUUGAUGAUUUCAUAUGCACUUAGUUCGUAAGCCAUUUUAAAAGGUCCCUCACAGUUUGGACAGACAUUGAUGGAUUGUUUUAGAUAAAUUUUGUGUGUGUGUAGACUUGAAACUGUGACUAACCGUAUAAUAUAAUUAUUAAUCACAGCAUUAAUUGUAAUCAGUUCUUUCCAAUAUUUUAAAUAAAGACUUAGUAAUAUCUA